CAGAAAAGUGAAGAAUGUCUAUUGAAAGCCAACCCAGCGGAGUCCUUGCAUGUUGUUCAGACGCCAGACUGGUACAUGAGCCCAGGGAGCAGCAUCGGGAUUGUACAGCCAGAAAAUGACUCUGACCCCUUGCCACAAGCAAGUACUCAGAUCCAACUGGACAAUGCCUUUUCCAACACGACUGUCACACUCUCUUAUGUGACCAGGUCUCAUGUCUUUUCUUCCCUCUCGCAGCAUUCCCCACUUUAUGUUCUGCCCAUAAAUGAGGGACUGUCCAUACAUCCUGACUAUGAAGUCAGAAAACUGAUCACGGACACAGGUGAGGUUCAGCUUUGCGUUGACAUGGAUCAAAAUGGCGUACAGCAGGUGUCCGUGCCAGCUGGGAUAGCAACGUGCUCUGAGACGUAUGAGUUUAUUUCACCAGCUGAGGUGGCCGAAAGCGUCGCUGGAUUUUGCUGUCUGCAGCAAGCUCAUGAAAUUAAUGGCGUACAGGAGGUCGAAAGCGUCACAGUACAGACUUUCAAAGCUUUACAGCAGGACAACAAUGCUGAACGCAAGCUGUCUCAGGAUGCAGAGGAAAAUGGAUGUGAACAAAACGGUCAAUCCAGCAACUUUUCGCAGGGCCACCUUACUGGCCCAGAGGAGCAACAGAGAACAAGUGACUCGGAGAUACCGUUGAACCCCGGAAAUGAGGGUCUGGUGAUUUUGCAAAGCAAUAUGAAUUCCGGUAACUUCUGCAGUACGUUAAAUGUGGAAUAUAUUAGUCCACUGCAUGAUCCUGUGUCACCUCCAGCCACCUCACUUGAUGAAAUGAAAGAUGUUUUUGUUCUGCCACAGCCGGCAAAUUCUCCAAGUGAAGCGAAUUCUUUUGGAGAGGAAACUACACACAACAGGACGGAUGAACUAGAUAAAGAGACAUCUGAUCCAGAUGCUGCUGCUUCAGUGACUUCAGAGGCCACUAAAUUACAAGGCAGAGGAAAAUGGACUAACACCGACUCUUUGGAUUUCAACACCAGCAUAAAGCAACACCUGGCAACAAAUAUUCCAGAUGCAUACAAUCCAUUGUCAGGACAGGAUGAUGGUGUGUCAAAGGGUAAGGAAAAGAUAUCAGAGACUUUGAAUAAUAGACCUAAGUUAACCCAUAAUUCUGACUUGAAAGACAGUGUGUUUGCAAGGGAGAAUACUUCUGAUAGAAGAAAACUUCCCCCACGAUCUGGGAGGGGAGUUAGAUUAGAAGCUAUUUUUCAAAAUAUUUACCCUACCAGAUAUAAAUCUAGUCAUAUCACUUCCACUAAAUCUCGUUGUUCAGAAUCUCAGGUUGUCGAGAAGAUUCAACCAUGCCCCAUACAGGAGUUCUCAUCUGAGGACAACCAGCCUGUUCCAGAGACAAUAUGCACCUCUGCAGAGGAACUGCGAUCCAAUGAUGAGACAAAACAUUUACAGGACGAGGUUUCAGAUGUCAGUGACGUAAGCAGAUGUAAAGACAAAGCGUCUACCUCAGAUACCGAAAAUGCAAAUAUCUCUCCUUCUCCAUGCAACCCUAAAUCUCCAGAAAUAACGAAUGAGUUGGUUACGUCCGAUAAAGAGUCAGAAAAAGUAAAACACGACACGUUAGACGAGCCUUCAGAAGCAGAGGUAGAAAAACAGAGCCAGGUGUCAGCGCCAAAAUUACUUCAGAAAACCUCCACCGACCGACGCGAGACAAAUCUAGACGAGAAAGUCCCGUCGACGGCCAAGAAAGGUCAUACUCCGAAAAAGAAACGGAAAAAAAACAAAGUGAGCCAGAGCUCCCCUUUUUCUCCCCAUGAACCAGAAAUCAAGCUCAAAUAUGUCAACUUUAAAGACGACCGAAAGGAAAUGCACUUUGACUCUUUCUCCCCUUUUAUUCGCGUAGAGCUCAAGGAGUACCCUACUUGUACCGUCAUCAACUAUCCUGAGGAAAACGUAAGACUUGAGAAAGGAAAGCAGCAGGUGUCUUCCACUUUAAUUUCCGGCGUAGUUCCCACGACCUCCUGUCUGCAGUACGGUCGCGUCUCCGCGGACUGUACCCAACACAGUUCUUUAGUCUGCUGUCUCUGCGGAGGCUCUGCCAAUGCCCUGGACUUGGGCGAUUUGCACGGGCCUUAUUAUCCGGAAGGUUUCAAACCUGCCUCAAAAGCCCUCGCAAAUGUGAAGGACCUCAAAGAGGACAAUAGUGACUCAGACGCCUCUUCCAUUGCUAGCAGUGGGAAACGUUUGUCUGCCUCAGGCAGCUGGGCUCAGAGGUCUCGCCAGAGAUUGUCUAACGAGGUAUGUCGAGGGUUAGGUCAGAAAUGGACCGGUGACGGCGACUCCAUUACCAGCCCCAAGGCAAAGAGGCCAAGAAUGAACACUGCCACAGAUGACUGGUAUAAUGCUCCCGUGCUGCCUCUCGACACCAGUGAGUACUGGAUCCACGAGGACUGCGCUGUAUGGACGGCGGGUGUCUUUCUGGUGAAGGGAAAACUGUAUGGACUUGAGAAUGCUGUGAAACUGGCAAAAGAGACGAUUUGUUCCACUUGUCAUAAAAGAGGAGCUACGUUGGGAUGCUUUUUCAAAGGUUGUCCUAAUAAAUAUCACUACAGAUGUGCACUUCGCUCGGACUGUGUACUUAAUGAGGAAAACUUCUCAAUCAAAUGUCCAAAGCACAAGAGUAAAUCGAUCAAAGCUUCAUCAGCCAGUCAGCAGAAGAUCAGGUGACAAAGUGGAAUAAGGAGAAAAGGUGAUCUGUACCACUCCCAAUUCCACAGGAGAUCCUCUGUGACCCUGCCCUCCUCUGACCCUCUUCAUCUUUUUAAACGACACCGAGACCUCUUUGGAAGACCGUGACCCCACACACCUUAAUGCAUCGUUCCCUUUGCACUGUCUGCAAUGUCCCUCUCCGUGUGUCAUAUUCUCAAGGCUUCCACAUUUAUCAACCAAUUAAAAAUGGCUUUCCAUUAAUCUAACAGAUGGGGCAUAUAAAAUGAAUCGCACCCACUCCAUGCUGGGCAAAAAGACUUGGGCAAAUGCGCCUGCUCAGCUGGACAAUGCUAACCUUGAGUAUUAAGA